GGUCUCUGAUGAUGGGCUUUCGUGGAAUUCUUCUGUGUUCGAGGCGAGCAGGAGAUCAGGGUGAGCGCGGCGCUUGUGUUUUAGCGGGAGUCUUUGGAACUGCAGACCUGGUACGUGAGUUCCAGGAAACUUCGAUACGCCCUUUUUGGCGACUUCCAUGUUGUAAAUAGGGAAGCAUAUGGUAGAUUUAAUCUACCCGUGUUUGUUUGCGACUGAAGCCGUAUUUAACCGUGUUUAACCACUGCCUACUUGAGGGGUUAGGAAACUCGGUUUCUUUUAUUUUCACUUUGUAGAAGAGGCGACAGACUGACAGUCAGAAGGAUGUUUCCCAGAUUUCUUAAGUGUCAGAUCAUCAUCGCACUCAUUUGCCAUGCAUUUUGUUACGAGCCCACAGAGGAGGACUUGAAGUGUUUUAAUGACUAUGAGAAAGAAAUGAAAUGCAGUCUCUCCACUGACCGUCUCAAAAGCUGCUCUGGAUACAAGCUCAACAUCUCACGUAAUGUGUUCAAUAUGUUUCAAGAAAUGUAUGCAUGUAUCUUUGAGAGAAGUCAUAAUAGUGACAAAUGUGAGUGCAGAAUUAAUGUGAAAGGGUUUGUCAUAACAGAGAUCUUUACUACUACACUUCUGGAAGGAUCAAAUGUUUUAUUAAGCAAAACAUCCAAGACUGAAGACUUCAUCAAACCAAAAACUCCAGUCUUAUCAGUGCAGAAGACUGAAAAUGGAAACUUUUAUGUAACUUGGGAUGAUCAGUAUAAAUUGGGAGGAAGACAUUUUUUGGAAGACUUGAAAAUAAAUCUGGCCUAUGGCAUCAAAGGAGAACUUGAAAAGAUAUCCAAGACGGUGCCGAACACUGUGGGAUCCUUUGAAAUUGUGGGCAAAAAUCUCCAGCCAAAUACCAACUACGUUCUGACAGCAACAAUGAGCACAGGCUAUAAUGAUCAUAGUAUAUCUAGUGACCAGAGCACACCAGCUGAGUUCACCACAUCCUCAUCCCCAAAUGAAAUAGCCAAAAUAGUGAUUCCAGCUCUCUGUGUUGGUUUAAUCAUCAUCAUUUGUGUUAUCUUCAUCUGCAUUUUGAGAAUGAAGAUGAAUUGGUGGGACAAAAUCUCCAAGCCAAAAAUAGAUGCCAAUCUUGGAGAGGAGAAGGAUCAUAUUUUGCCUCCAUCUGUUCUGAAGUUCUCCUCGAUCCAUGUAGAGAUCCCAACACUGGACCUUCAUGAGGAUAAGAAAUUGAUCUCAGCAUUAUCAGUAGAUACAUACAAUGAGAAAAAUUCCUACAGUAAUGAGUCAGCACCAGUGGAUUAUGGCCAGGCUUGCACUGGUAGCCCUGAAGAGAACUUCAACACCAUUGACAUCGCAUCACAUGUCGAGCAUGCCUUGGAUGAGGUGUUUCAAUUACCUCCAAUCACAAACAACCCAUCACCGUUAUCCCCCUGCAAUCAGGUUACUACGAGCUGGUCAAUCAAGUGUGUUAAUGGUAUCAGAUGCUCAAGAGAAUGCAACCGUGCAAACCGAGAUUCGGGCAAUUGCUCUGGCUCAUCGAUGUUCAGCAAUAUGUCAUAUUUGGGAUCAGCCACUGAUGAUUCUUUAUUCCUGGAUCAGCUGAGCCCUGAUCGUUACUGUCAGUCCGGCAAGCGGGAAGUUUCAGACUCGGAUGCAAGAGAAAGCCAGUUUAACUCUCCCACUAAUACUCUGGAAGACGGCUAUCAGUGCUUCAGCAGUGUUUUGGAAAAAGGAAAUGAUGCAGAUGUUUGUGUGAGCCUUUCAGAUGAUGUUGGUGCUGAUGAGAAGUGCAUGAAGAAUCUCAUCACCAGCACAAAUCCACUCUAUCCUUCUCUUAUUCUGCAUGAUGGCAGCGUCACACCAAGUGAUGAAGGAUAUCAGGCUUUUCAAGGCUUAACAAAGAGCACAGAAGGACAGUGGAGCACGAGCGUCAGUACUGAACAAGCACUUAAUGCAUGUGGAGCUUUAAAAUUCCCCCAGAGCACCGGCCAAGAUCCCACAUCUGUGCUGCAAUGUUCUUGGGCCCCUUCUUUGCAUUUUUCACCCGGCAUUCAAAUAGACAGUACAUAUCAGUGUGUUUAACUGUGCUCUAAAAGCAAAUGAUAAGUGCAUGCCUGAAACAUUGAAUUCAUUUUUGCAUGUAAUGUCAGCAAUCACUAUGAAUUAUUCUUUUGAAAAUGGGGCCAGUAAUAAUAAGAACCAUGCAAACUUUGUCCAUUGUUUGUUCAGACUCAGAGCCAAUGCCUUGAAUUUAGUUUGUUUAGUUUCUACAGUAAGAUGUUGAAAAGUGCCUUAAAAGGAUGCACCACCCAUUGAAAUGAUCUCAUGCCAUCCCAAAUGACUUUGUUUCUUCUGUGAAACACAAACAAAGCUUUUCAGAGGAACAAUCCAUCUCAGUCAGUCCAUAUAAUGCAAGUUUAUCUUAGUAAAUGAUGAGAAAAUAUUCAGUUUCUGGUGGUUUCACUUUAAAGUCGUGGGGAAGUCGUGGCCUAAUGGUUAGAGAGUUUGACUCCUAAUCCUAAGGUUGUGGGUUCGAGUCUCGGGUCUGCAGUACCGCAACUCAGGUGCCCUUGAGCAAGGCACCGAACCCCCAACUGCUCCCCAGGCGCCGCAGCAUAAAUGGCUGCCCACUGCUCCGGGUGUGUGUUCACGGUGUGUGUGUGUUCACUGCUGUGUGUGUGCACUUUGGAUGGGUUAAAUUCUGAGUAUGGGUCUGAGUAUGGGUCACCAUACUUGGCUGUAUGUCACGUCACUUUCAUUAAAUGCCUGUAGGGAUCAUGUACAGUAACUAUUCUUGUUAUUCAUACUUCUUUACUACUCUAUGUUACACAAAAUGUCAAAUAUGAAACUUAGUCAAAUUUUCAAAUGCAAAUUUUAAAGGCAUGAUAACAAGACUAACAUGCCUAAAGAUAACAAUAACAAAUAAUGGCUAUGUUUAAAUUUGUAACUAUUGAUCUCUAUACAGUUGCAAUGAUAAUUUCUUAGAAAUUAUUACCAGCAAUAAGAAACUUUGGAGGAUUCACUCUUUCAACAAAAAGUGUUAUUUACAGCGACUUACUCUAAUACUCUAAUAGGAAGUCAUGUAUUAUUUUUCUUGGCAUUCACAUUUUUAUUCUAUUAUGUGGCAUUAUAAUGGCAUUAUUACAGGGUCUAUGGCUUCAUUACAGGGUCUGUACUUGCUGUCUCAGUCUGUAUAUUGAACUAUUUUUUAAUAGGAUGUUUCAACAAAAACAAAAAUAUGUUUGUAUAUAGGAUGCAUUUAGAUGUAGAUGACACUGUAAUAUUUUUUGUUUUGCUAUCAUCAACAGGACAAUGGCUUACUCUUCAGGUCAGUUCAUAGACAGUUAGUGUCGGCCUGUGUACAGUAACUGUGCUGUCAAACAGAUGAUUGGUAUGUGUGUAAAAAAACAACAACAUUUCAUUAUUUUUUGUAUGUAAUCUCUAGUUGUUCCACCACUAUGGUAUUCACUUCUCAAUUAAGAGCAAUGUAAAUACAGCCUUUGUUUCUACAUUUCUAAAAUAAAACAUCAAAAUGUUGAAA